GGUGUCGUACAUGCGUAUGACGCAGUGACGUAAUGACGCAGUGACGCCAAACGGAAAUGUGCAGCAACGAUUCUUUCUAGAAAUCUGUAGCAGUUUCUCGCUAGCUAGUAGCGACUACUGUUCUAGCAACUAACCACCUAGUAGGUGUAGGUCCAUCUAAGUUUGCCUUGGCCGGAAACAGCCAGCCACUGCAUCGACUACUAAAACAUCUUAGUAAAAAGUGUUGAGUUGUUUUCUUCAUCGGCUUUUAUUAGAUUGGAGAUUGAGGAUAGCUUGGUUUAGCCUCCUAACUUAGCCGAGUCAUAUCCGAAGCUAACGUUGUUUGGCUCGUACUGGUAUAAUGUCUAGGAUAGACUACAGCGUGUGGGACCAUAUCGAGGUGUCAGACGAUGAAGAUGACACCCACCCCAACAUCGACACACCCAGCCUCUUCAGAUGGAGACACCAGGCACGUGUGGAGCGAAUGGAAGAUUACCACAAAAAGGGUGACGACAUAAGCAAGGCACUUAAUGAGAGCCGUCGUAAGCUGGCAGAGGCACAAAAGAAAGUACAAGAGCUGUCCGCUUCAUCAACCGAUGAUGCCAAAGCAGAGCUGAGCAAAGCCCAGGCCGAGGAGAAGAAACAGAAAAAAGAGGAGCGGGAUAUAGAUAAGAAGCUAGCAGAACACAACCGGGAAGAGAAGAAGAUGCCAUGGAACGUUGACACGCUCAGCAAGGAGGGUUUCAGCAAGAGCGUUGUUAAUGUCCUGCCUGAUGCCACGGAAGAGACUGAAGAAGAGAAGGAGACGAAGCAUAAAACCUUUGUGGAGAAAAAUGAGAAGCAAAUCAAACAUUUUGGUAUGAUGCGGCGUUGGGAUGACAGCCAGAAAUACCUCUCUGACAACUCUCAUCUAGUGUGUGAAGAGACUGCCAACUACCUGGUCAUCAUGUGCAUUGACCUUGAAGUUGAGGAGAAACACUCAUUGAUGGAGCAAGUGGCUCAUCAGACCAUUGUCAUGCAGUUCAUUUUGGAGUUGGCAAAAAGCCUCAAGGUGGAUCCCCGCGGCUGCUUUCGACAAUUCUUUGCCAAGAUCAAGACAGCGCAGAUCAGCAGUACCGAGGAAGCUUUCCAACGACGAGCUAGAGGUCGUUCAGGAGCGAGUUCGCGGGCAGGGGCAAAGAUCCCAUCGAAAAGCAAUGAAGAGAGUAUGUAUGGGAAGAGGAGCGGAAGAAACGCAUGGGGACCUGGAGGGCUAGAUCCUGUGGAGGUGAGGCGACAGGUUCAAAAUGAAGAGGUGCAUAGAGUCGGCUCUGGGUCCCUAACUCCCAAGACGGAUAUGGGGAUGAAAAAGAGGAUGAUCAUCUACCUAUGA